AUGGAGAAGAGUAAGGUUCUUGUAGUUGGUGGCACAGGAUACAUCGGCAGGAGGAUUGUGCGGGCGAGCCUAGCCCAUGGCCACCGGACCUUUAUCCUGAUGCGGCCGGAGAUCGGCCUCGACAUCGAUAAGCUCCAGCUGCUGCUGUCGUUCAAAGCGCAUGGAGCGCUCCUCGUCGAGGCGUCGAUGGAGGACCACCGGAGCCUCGUCGCCGCCGUGAAGCAGGUGGACGUGGUGGUGUCGGCCAUCUCCGGGCGUCACUUCCUGCUGCAGCUCAAGCUAGUGGAGGCCAUCAAAGAAGCUGGAAAUAUCAAGCGUUUCCUACCAUCUGAAUUCGGCAUCGACCCAGCAAGGAUGGGGCACGCUCUAGAACCAGGAAGGAUCACAUUUGACGAGAAGAUGGAGAUAAGAAGGGCAAUAGAAGAAGCAAACAUUCCACACACCUAUGUUUCCGCUAACUGCUUUGCUGCUUUCUUUGUUCCUAACCUCUCUCAAAUGCGCACCCUUCUCCCGCCCAAGAAGAAAGUUCACGUGUACGGAGAUGGCAAAGUCAAAGUGAUAUUCAUGGACGAAGAUGACGUCGCAACAUACACCAUCAAGUCCAUUGAUGAUCCUAGGGCCUUGAACAAGACAAUAUACCUAAGGCCGCCGGAAAACAUCCUUAGUCAAAAUGAGCUGAUUUCCAAAUGGGAAAAGCUCUCAGGAGAAGUCCUUGAGAGAAUUCCCAUUCCGUCUGAUGAAUUCUUGGCGUCAAUGGAAGAUUUUGAAGGUGGAAAGGAACAGGAUGAUGUACGGAGAUUCAGAGUCAUCUGUACAAUAUCGAUGAAGGUUUACCCCCUACCGCCUUUAUCAGAAUUUUCAUGGCUAAUGUGGCCACAAUUGCAGUACUGUUCUUUGAAGGAUGCAUCUGUUGGACUUGUUACAGUUCACUAG